GUUCAAUCCAUUGCGAACAAACUCUCAUCAACAUGCGUUUCACGUCUCUCCUCCCGGCUCUGGCCUCCGUGUCUGCAGCCCUACCCACUGCUACAUCUUCCUCCCCAGACCAAACGUUUGGCCUGAUCGCCAUCCACUCCGGCAGUGAUGUGCAGUAUGCCGGCUUCAAUGCAGCACUGAGCAGUCUCUUCGCGCGUCUUCCUGCCCAGAACGCAAGCUGUAACCGUCCGGAUGAUGGCUACGCUACCUUCUACCUGAACGAGGGCGGACUCUUCCUCUACGAUACCUCUGCUACACCGCAGCAGUUUUACGUUGAUCGCUCCGGCAUGGGCCAAGGCAAGAUCGGCUAUACAACUGGUGCCCAACCCGCCCCGAGGAACUCCGAGCGUACCGGGUGGGCUAUCGAUGAGCAGAAUCAUCUCCAGUUUGCCGGGAAUGAUCUCAUUGCUUGCCCUAACAGCAUUGAUGGGGCUUAUAGCAUUUGGGCUUCUGCUGGUGUUGCGAAUCCCGGGGGCAAUGAGAACUGUGUUGGUAUUGCGGCGCGGGUGGUUGAGGAUGAUGAUCCGAAUGGAUGUGUUUAUACUCAGUGAAUGUUGUGAAGUGGGUGGGUGGUGUAUAGAUGUAGCUGUAUAUAUCGGUUGGCUUAGCUGGCAUAGGCGAGGAUUUGCUGUUGCAACUCCUUGGUGUCUAAAUGUGUUCACCAUGUUUCGGUCGCAUCGAUUAAUAUAUUAUAUAUUCUAUUCUGACGCAGAUGAAUCCGCUCGAGUUGGAGUUGAAUGAUAUCUCGACGCUCAUACAAGAGUCGAUAUCGAACGAGUCAACCCUUCCAACCAUCCCAUCGCUCAAAAUCUUCCGUGUCAAGGUCGAA